CUAUGAGUGCCAUGAAUAGUCAGUUAUAAUAACUAUAAAGUGACCAGACUGAUAGCAUAAGCUUUUCCAUUCGUUUACGGACCUGAUAUUUUGUUGUGCUCUUAAAGCAAUUGAAGCAACUUCAUGAGCCUUGCAUUACUCAAAUUAGUGGACACUGAAUCUACAUUUACUAAAAUGUCUCUCAGGUCGAAAUAUUCAGAGUGGCGAGGCGACAGCUCACGAUCAGCACAGAGGGAGAUCGAUUUCACCUCUCCGGGUUUAGCGGUGAUGGGAAUCGAACGUCUUCUGUUCACUGGGAAAGCCAUCAACAGUCCCGCAAAUGAAGUCUGGCCCAAUCUAUACAUUGGCGACAUGAAUAUAGCUGAAAAUUGUGCAGAGCUGAGAAGGCAUCACUUCUCCCAUGUCCUCAACUGUGCCCACAGCUCCAGACGUGGCAGCGAGAUCUAUGAGGGCAUGGGCAUCACAUACUUGGGCAUAGAGGCCCAGGAUUCACCCACGUUUGACAUGAGUGCCAACUUUAACAUUGGAGCACAGUUCAUACAUACAGCACUGAAAGAGGGAGGCAAAAUCCUGGUUCACUGUCAUGUUGGAGUGAGUCGAUCAGCAACUGUAGUUUUGGCAUAUCUGAUGCUGAAACACAACAUGACCCUGGUGGAGGCCAUUAACACGGUAAAAGAGGGAAGAGGCAUCAUACCCAACCGAGGCUUCCUCAGACAACUUAUUGACCUUCACAUCAAGCUAUACGGCUGCCGAAACUAGAAAGACUACAGCCAUGUACAUUCUAAAUGAAGAUGUUGUUUUCUGGCAUAUAGGUUGUUUCUACAAUCAUGCAAAGUUCAGCUGAUAUAUGAGAAGAGAGGUACAGAUGAGCAUGAUGGUUUUUAAAGGGAUAGUUCACCCAAAAAUGAAAAUUCUCUCAUCAUUUACUCACGCCAAGGUUCGGAUGGCAGCGUUCACACUAUCAGAGCAAUCACACCGAAGUUCGUUUUAAUCUAACCAAACCUGCCAAGUGUGAACACACCCUAAAUCUCCACCUUUGACCAGUAGUUGCUGUUAUGCACAAAUAAUGUGAAUCGCCAAAAAACAAAAGAAGAAGAAUAUGGUUGUGAAUGUGAGAUUUAUGGUGAAAAAGGACUUCAAUAUUUAUCUGGUUUUUUUACCCACACCUAUCAUAUCACUUCUGAAGACAUGGAUUUAACAACUGGAGUCAUGUGGCUUUUAUUUUCUUUUUGGAGCUUCAAAAUAUGGUCACCAUUCACUUGCAUUGUAUGAACCUACAGAGCAUAAAUAUUAUUCUAAAAAUCUUAAUUUGUGUUCAGCAGAAUAAAGAAAGUCAUGCACGUCUGGGAUGGCAUGAGGAUGAGUAAAUUAUCAGAGAAUAAAAAAUUUUGGGUGAACUAUUCCUUUAACUUUGUUACCGCAGUAACUGUGAAUCUUGAUCGAUUGAAAUUUCCAUGUUAAGAUUUUUAUGGUUUAAUUCCUUUAAAAUAAAGGUAAUAAAGUUGAAA